UGCAGAGACAAUUUACUUUUUAUCAUCUUUGAGAUGCAUUUCAAUAUGUAUCCUAGAUACAUAUGGAGAUUAGGUCUUUAUAUUUGUAUAUAAAAGGACGAUGGAUUCCUACUCUUGGCGAUGGAAUAUUUCAGUUGUCGGGUUUGAAAAUUAACCAUCAUAUGAAUCGUUUGUCAUUAUGCUUUCUUUAACGGUUUGCUUGAGCUUUCUCUCGGUCGUGGGUGCGAUUCCGGGUGCGCAAUUUCCUCAUGCUACGCCAGCUCCUUAUUAUGAUGCUCGAUCGAACUCUGGAUCUCACGAUAAGAGUUGGAUAAAUUAUACAGCCGUGCCGGGGUUCUUUUUACAGGAUGAAGCGACGACUGUUCCGUCGACUUUCGACUAUACUCAAUGGAACUUUGGUCUCCUAAACCGAACUUAUCCUACGGAUUCCCGUACCUCUAAAAAUGCAAGUCAAUGGGAGAGAUUUGAGAAAUACGUAACUUCCUUAAAUAAGAACUCGAAAAAGAAUGUGAACUAUAAAGUUUUAUUCAUGGGGAGACAUGGUGAAGGAUGGCAUAAUGCUGCUGAGACUUAUUAUGGAACUCCUGCUUGGAAUUGCUAUUAUUCCGAGAUGGAUGGUAAUGCCACUGUCACAUGGGCAGAUGCUCAUUUAGAUCCCAACGGGAUCACUCAAGCUCAAAAAGCCGCAAACUACUGGCUUUCCCGUAUCCAACUCCAAAACAUCCCACCUCCACAAUCUUACUACACAUCUCCACUCUACCGCUGUCUCCAAACAUCCAACAUCACAUUCUCCACUCUCCCUCUUCCGAAAUCUCGUCCUUUCAAGCCACUAGUCAAAGAACUUCUCAGAGAAGGUAUUUCAGGUCACACAUGUGAUCGGAGAAGUAACCGCACCUUCAUUCACGAAUCCUUCCCCUCGUAUAAGAUCGAGAAAGGAUUCCCAGAGAACGAUCCAUUCUGGAAAGCACUCGAGGGUGAAGUUUCUACCGAUCAGGAUAUCAGAAGUAAAAAGGUUUUGGACGAUAUUUUUGGAAGUGAUGAUCAUACUUGGUUGAGUAUCACAAGUCACUCCGGAGAAAUUGCUAGUAUUUUGAGAGUCCUCCACCACCAAGUCUUCAGCCUCGUAACCGGAUCCAUCAUCCCCGUCCUCGUAAAAGCAGAAACGAUUUCCGGAAGCCCAAUGUCAACUUCCUCUUUACCCUGGACCACUAUAUCGACAUGUACCAGUCCUCCACCUAACACUGCUACUUUGUGAGGUGCUCAUGAGAACCUCCCUCAUAAGAACCUCCCUCGUAAGGUGAAAAGAGAAGAAGAAGAAGAAGAAAUUCGAAGAAAAAAAACUCAAAGAGUAAAAGUUAAAGAGGAAGAAUUAAAGAGGAAAAAUUAAAGAGGGAAAAGAAUAGUAAUAUCAUACAUAUCAUUUACAUUCAUCAGAAGAAUACUGACUAGGUACUCACUACAAGUCUAAAGUCUAAUCAAUUAGUAAUAUUAAAUAAAAAACAGGAAGGAAUUGUCU